UGUGCAUAAAUUAAAAACUUUUAUGAACGCUCACACACGCACGAAUAUUGUAUUAUUUAUUAUUAUGUGCAUUAAAUGUGCGUUAAGCGAUUAUUACGCGCUGCGCGCCGCAUCGUGACGUUCGCCGCCGUUUGCGCGUUGCCGCGUGAAGUGAGGCGCAGGACCGCAGGACGGUUAACGGUAAGGUGAGGUAGACGUAGACGUAGACGGUGUGCCAGUCCAAUCGUCUCCGACUCCGACGUCACGGCAUUGUUCGCGUUUUGCUUUUUUCGAGGCGAUUGAAGAUUCGAUGCGCCGCGGCGUGCAAAUGAUCUCGCACUCGCGGGCGUUCGCCGAUCGAUGCCACGCGUGUCCGUACGGCACCGGGCCGAAAUGCGAGUGGGCGUAAGGUCGCCGCCGGGCCCGACGGGAUUCCUGUUCGCCGUAGAUAACCUACAAGGAUGAUGGUGAUGUCGCGUCGGCGGUGCGCGCGGACCGUGUCGUGAGGGAACGGCCGUAUAUCGCGUUAAAAUAAUAUAUCCGUUAUGAGUCGCGCGUGCCGUUUGAUAGCGACGUCGAAUUAUUGGAUCGUUACGGCCGUCGAUCGCGCGGGAUUCGGCCCGCGCGGCUUAUAGGUUAUCCCAGGUCGGCUGGAGGACCGUCGCACGACUCGGUCGUCGUCGCGUUGUGCGCGCCUCCCGUAAAAUCGCUCUGGGUAGAAUUUAGUGUCGACGUGUUUCUGUUUACGUAUCGUUCCGCCGAUCCGUCAUGCGGCUUGCGAAGAUCGAGCAGCCUGAACCCUUUCCGUCAAUAGCUACCUUCUGUCCUGGUUCGAAGGUAAUAGCUCUUCUCCAAGUGUCGUUUUAAAAAUGGUCAUUUUCUACUUGGUCGAUUCGAUCGGGAGAUGCAAUAUAAAAGAACAGGAGUGAUCGUAUCCUGGAGGGACUACUGAGCCAUAACGAUGUGCUUGUGACUGAAUAUAGACCUUUUACAUCGGACAAGAAAUAAUGCUUAGAACUAUCAUAUAUCUUUGUAUAACCUGACUGUAUCGACAAUGCAAGCCAAGAAACGCUAUCUAUUAUUGUUUGUAACAUGCGCGUUUCUUGGUUACUGCUACUUCGGCGGAUAUCGUUUAAAAAGCGAAAAGUGGACAGGCAGAUCUCAGUUGCCUUACGAGCGAUUGCCUUCAUAUUUAAGUCUAAACGAAGAGUUCUAUGACAAAGAUUUAAAGACAUCCAGCGGGGCUUUGGCUAUGUCUCAGCGUACACGGCAUUGCCGCAUGGAGACCUGCUUCGAUUUCACGAGGUGCAAGCAAGGUUUCACCGUGUACGUCUACCCAGUCGAGGAUGUGAUAAGUCCACUAUACCAAAAAAUAUUAAACGUUAUCACGGAGUCGAGAUAUUACACGUCGGACCCAGCACGGGCAUGUAUAUUUGUCUUAGCCCUGGAUACGUUAGAUAGAGAUCCCUUAUCCACUGAAUUUGUACACAAUCUUCCCUCGAAACUGUUACACCUGCCAUAUUGGAAUAACGGAAGGAAUCAUCUGAUAUUUAACUUAUAUUCUGGUACGUGGCCCGAUUAUGUGGAAGAGGCGCUGGCUUUCGACGUGGGCUACGCCAUGCUCGCUAAGGCCAGCAUGUCCGUCUUUAGACAUAGACCGGACUUUGAUGUAUCGAUACCUCUGUUUGGCAAGCAACAUCCGGAACGUGGUGGAGAACCCGGCCAAGCAUUAGAGAAUAAUUUUCCCAAUAAUAAAAAAUACGUAGCGGCUUUCAAGGGGAAACGAUACGUACAUGGUAUUGGAUCCGAGACAAGAAAUGCUCUCUAUCAUCUGCACAAUGGUAAAGAUUUGGUGUUUGUUACGACUUGUCGUCAUGGGAAGGCCUGGAGAGAAUUGCAGGAUGAACACUGUCAGCAAGAUAAUCAGGAAUAUGACACAUACGACUACGAAAUUUUAUUAAUGAAUGCUACAUUUUGCCUGGUUCCGCGAGGACGACGAUUAGGUAGCUUUCGGUUUCUGGAAGCUCUGAGAUCAGGAUGUAUUCCAGUCAUUUUAAGUAACGGUUGGGCUCUUCCCUUUCACGAGCGUAUCGAUUGGACUCAGGCUGUAAUAUUUUCCGACGAGAGACUAUUACUCCAAAUUCCAGACAUAUUACGAUCUGUGUCCAACGUACAAAUUCUGAAAUUACGACAGCAAACACAAUUUUUAUGGGAGAGAUAUUUUUCUUCUAUUGAAAAAAUUGUAUUUACCGUGUUUGAGAAUAUUCGCGAGCGUUUGCCAUGGGAAGGUGCGCGGGAAAGAAUCGUCUGGAAUACUAGUCCUGGAGCACUAACGAUUUUGCCACAAUUUGCCGACAGCCAACAGGAACUUCCUUUUUCAAACAGUAAUCCUGGUAACACUUUCACUGCCAUAAUCUAUUCGCAAUUGGGAUCCACCGCCGUACUUUAUCGUUUACUUAGAAGUCUCGCGAAAAGCAAGUACCUAGAUAAGAUAAUACUUAUGUGGAACUCGGACAUUCCGGUGCCAAGGAAACCACGUUGGCAAGGUAUCAGAGCGUCAAUCCACGUUGUCGCGGUUGACGGUAUAUCUCAGCGUUUUUAUCCUCACCCGUUAAUCAAAACUAGUGCCAUAUUGUCGCUCGACGAGGACGCCACUCUAAAUACCGACGAGAUUGACUUUGCUUUUACGGUUUGGCGAUCAUUUCCCGAUCGAAUAGUAGGGUAUCCAGCGAGGUCUCACUAUUGGGAUGACUCAAAGCGCUCCUGGGGUUAUACCAGUAAGUGGACAAAUGACUACAGUAUCAUUCUCACCGGUGCCGCUUUUUAUCACCGCUACUAUAAUACUCUGUAUACCGAGUUAUUGAGCUCGACUCUCCACAAGACCGUGGAGCAGUCGCAGAACUGUGAGGAUAUACUCAUGAAUUUCCUGGUGAGUCACGUAACUCGAAGGCCACCUAUCAAAGUGACGCAGCGCAAGCUAUACAAAGAUACUACAGUAGCUGGAAUUAGAUCGCCGUGGAACGAUCCGGAUCAUUUCAUACAGCGACAAACAUGCAUGAAUACAUUCGUCGCUGUCUUCGGAUAUAUGCCACUGUUGCGAUCUAACAUGCGGCUGGACCCGGUUCUGUUCAAGGAUUCCGUGAGCAAUUUGCGCAAGAAGUAUAGGCAAAUUGAACUAGUUAGUAAUUAGAAUUGUACACACACUGCUCGAUUACGCGUGACUAUUUAAUUCUUCAGGCGCGCCGGAUAACGCAAAAUCUCCGCGUACGAUAUUAGAUCUAUUUCUUUUAGCGCACUUUUUUGCACUUACAGUGAAAAUAUGGUAAAAAAUAAAUGAUACGUAUGUACAGAAUUUUCGAGGAAAGAACGGAAAAUUGUGAGCAAGUGCAAUAAGUACAGCUAAAAAAAAAUAGAUUUACCGUUAUUGCCGUACAAAUGUGCAUGUAUAGAUGUACGGAGAACAUUUACAUUUACGCGUUUGCGUGCUACGCCAUAUUAGGCUAUCGGUGUUGUCGGGCAGCAAAUCAAAGUCCGUUAUUCAGCAAGGACGCAUGGUGAUAUCCCCUGCGAUUUAUUUGCGAGUAAUUUUGUACAAAUUGUAGAGUCGUAAUUGACGCCGUUUCUAUUUGACGAUGUCUCGCGCAGCUAUCGCUAACUGCGGGUCAGCAUUUAAUUAAUGUACAUACAAAAUCGUUUCGUAAUUAUUAAUAAAAAGUUAUUUAAGAAAGACACUUGGAUUUUUCACGUAUCGGCCAUUGAGAUCGUUUGAGCGAUUUGAUAUUAAAGAGAAAGAAAAAUCAAAUCUUUCCGCCGCGCGUGUUGUCGUACGAUUAUCCUAAAGACAGCUAAAACUGAGCUAAAAAGAAAAACAAAAAAAGGAAGCAAAAAUAUAUCGCGUUUGUAUGUAUAACGAUAUUUUUAAUCAUAGAGAUUUGCGAAUGUUUUUCUAUUUGAAUAAAUGUAUUUCACGUAAUUCUUCUUAGAUUCGGAAUACGUAAAGUUUUAGGGCAGACUUCGUCAAGUGCUUUGAUAACGAUGACGCGAAAGUCGUUGUACGUAUUGAGGCGAGGUGCAAGCAAAAGAUCUGUUUAUAUUUAAAACAAUUGUAAAGAUGUUAGGGUUUAAUGCGACCAUUGAUAUCGAUCUUAUUAUCCACUAAUUUUUAUAUGAUAUGAUUUUAAGCGUCGCCUUACUAACUCCCACUCUCUACCCUUUUUCUCCUCUUCUCCCUUUUUAAAGUAUAUACUUCGUGUAUUUGAAGUUGAUCACAAAUUUUAUAUAUCCGAAGAGAUAUUCUGUCAAUUUUAUCUAAUCGUGCACAAUUAUUUAUGUGCAUACUAUUGCGUAUGCUGCAUUGUUUACUUUGUAAUCACGUUCUACCGAUCACAUUGGCUCACGAGUGAAUUUAAUGAGUCUACACACAAUUAUUCAGCAUAUAUAUUCGAAUAUACUGCCGAGUUCUCAGGAACAUGGACGAAAAGAAGGAAAGAAAAGAGAAAUUUUCUUUGUCAAGGCGUCGCAACAAUAUCUAGUCGUUUACACCGAUAUACGUUGUUACACGAUGAGAGAAAUAAUGUGUAAUCCCUCGGUUAGAAGGACUGCACAGUAAUAUGGCAUCUGCAUGCGUCUUGAAGACGGAAAGCUAUUUGUACAUGUGAUAUGUUUUUUUUUCUCUAUUGUGCGUUCCGUGAUUAUUCGAGAAGAAUAUCGAGAGGAAGCUCUGUAUCAUUUUUAUGCAUAAUAUAUUUCUGCAACUUAGGGAGGUAUGCGUAUGCAAAUCAAAAGCGACCGCAGGUUAAUUGAAGUUCUUAUAGUUAUCCGGAAUUUCGUAUUGUCAUUAAUUCUAGCGGUCAUACGUCUACUUUGCGAUUGUCCUUGAGUUGCGUCAAUUGAUAAAUGUAAAUUAGUAUCUGGGUGUAUAUAGAAACUGGUAGGAUAAUCUCUAAUCUUUUUAUUGCUCGGCGAACAAUCCUAAUCAAAUAUGUUCCAAUCGUUACCGACCACUGAAGGCAAGCAUAAUCUUCGUACAAAAAAAAAAAUAAGUCCUACGCAGUGGCCGGUAGUAUUUUGAUUCUAUCCGAUAUGAAGCGAUGGUUCCGAUCUGUUAAACAUUUUUUUCCAUGUAAUCGUAUUGCGGAAAAAAAAAUAAUAUAAGGUAACAAGAUAUAGUAUUAGUCAUUUUAUAUGGGGAAAAAAAUAAACUGUUUUGUACAAAA